GGAGCAUGCUGUGCAGCGAAGUAGGCUCCUCAAUUUCCAACUUAGCAUCUUGGCACUGAGGACAUUUUCCCAUGCAGGCAGAGCCCCCCCACCCUCCACACUCACACUGCAUGCGCACCAAAAAGCAGCCAUGAGAGUGCAGGAGCAACUUUCAUAGCAGGGACGCACCAAAGUGGACAGAAAAGGCUCUUUUUUUUGUGUGCUUGUUUUUUUUUGUUUUUUUUACCUUGAGGAGCAAGGAGGAGGCGGAAAGGGGGGCAGAAGGUCUCCUCUCACACUCGGCUGUCUCUAUGCGCCCCUGAGGUCCCUAAAAAAAAAAAAAAAAAAAAAAAAAAGCAGGAAUAAGGAAAAAAGUGGAGCUAUGGCGUAUCCUCAGGGCUACUUGUACCAGCCGUCCGCCUCCCUGGCCCUCUACUCCUGCCCCGCAGCCUACGGAGCCAGCGUCAUAUCGGGACCCAGGACGGAGGAGCUCGGCCGGUCCUCCUCCGGGUCCGCGUUCGCGCCCUACGCCGGGUCCGCCACCUCCGCCAGCAGCGCCGCCGCCGCUGCCGCUGCUGCAUCUGCAGCCGCGGCGGCCGCCGCCGCCUUUGGCGGUGGCUCGCCCGGCUACAACUCGCACCACUUGCCGUACGGCGCGGAUGCGGCGGCGGCUGCCGCGGCCACCUUCACCUCGUACGUGAGUUCUCCCUACGACCACACGACGGGCAUGGCAGGCUCCAUAGGCUACCACCCGUACGCGGCGCCCCUGGGCACCUACCCGUACGGUGACCCGGCCUACCGCAAGAACGCCACCCGGGACGCCACGGCCACCCUGAAGGCCUGGCUCAGCGAGCACCGCAAGAACCCCUACCCCACCAAGGGCGAGAAGAUCAUGCUGGCCAUCAUCACCAAGAUGACCCUCACCCAGGUCUCCACCUGGUUCGCCAACGCCCGCCGGAGGCUGAAGAAGGAGAACAAGAUGACGUGGACGCCGCGGAACCGCAGCGAGGACGAGGAGGAGGACGAGAACAUCGACCUGGAGAAGAACGACGACGACGAGCCGCCCAGUAAUAAGCAAGACAAGAACCAGGACUCGUCAGAUGCUGAAGCAGAUGCCAAAAUGUUGCACCCGGCGGACUGUGACAGGUUCAAGGAGGACAAGGACGUGGACCCCCUGCUGAGCGACUCGGAGUCCAAAGACCCGCCGGAGGAGCGGACUAGCGCGUCCGACUUGUUGUUGGAUUCUGCCGGCAAGCCCGCCACGUCGUCCCCCUCGGUGGUGGUGGUGGUGCAGCAGGGGCCCCGCGGCGCCCUGCAGGACAAGCCGUCGGACCUCAGCAUGCACGCACCCACCUCCGUCAUCCACUCGGCGCCCAAGCCCAAACUGUGGUCCCUGGCGGAGAUCGCCACCUCCUCGGACCGAUGCAGUAGAAGCAGCAGCGGGGAGGCGCACCGAGGAGGAGGUGGGGAGCAGCAGCAGCAGCAGCCUUGCCCCGGCGUCAUGAACCCCGCUGCCGGCUCCCCUCCGCGGUCCUCCCCGCAGUGCGGCGUCCUCUCCCGGCCCCUGUACUACACGUCACCCUUCUACCCGGGCUACACGAACUACCACGGGGCUACUUUCGGACACCUCCACGGCACCGCGGGCUCCCCCUGCAGCCCGGCGCACUUCAAUGGAUUAAACCAGACGGUGUUAAAUAGAGCCGAGGCUUUGGUGAGGGACAAAGUGCGGGGAGAUCUUUGCAAAGACUCCCCUUACGAACUGAAGAAAGGUAUGUCAAACAUUUAACAACUUCCAACUGUGGACUUUUUUUUUUCUGUUUUUCUUUAAUUUAUUUCUUCUGUUUUUUUUCUGGGAAGGUUGCAAAAUAUUACUGAGCAUUAUAUCCACCCCUCCUUAAUGGACAUGUUUCUGUAACAAGGAUGAGGGACUUAUAAUGGCUGCAGCCACCGGAAGUCAUUUGUAUUAAAAGACUAACAUGUAUAUUUAAUGUAGCAUUUUUGUAUUUAAGAAAGAAAA